UAAUGAACCUUACAGGAUCUGAACUGAACAGCAGAAGAGGCUCCACGUUGUGUUAGUGGUGUAACGUUAGCUCUGGCCCUGGGAGCAGUCCGUUGUUUUUAUAAUAUUAAUAAAUGCUCCUGCUGCUCUGUAGCAGUGUUUUCCCUGCCUAAAUGUGUUGUAUUAUAAGAACAGUAUAAUCAGUUGAAAAAGGUAAUCUAAUGGCGACAAAAGCUGCACGACUCCUCAGUAAACUGGAUGGUCUGUUUGCUGUUUACAAACCUCCUGGAGUUCACUGGAAACUGGUCCGAGACCAGGUCGAGACUAACCUGCUGACAGCUGUAAAUGCGUUUCCACCUCCUGCACCGCAGUAUCAGGUUCAGUUUCAGCUUUUGUCUAGUGGAGAGACCAGCACCUCCAGUGACCUCACAUUGACUGCAACAAAGCUCCCGGUUCUGGCGGACCAUCCUUUGGUGACAGGACCACAGUAUCAUAAGAUCCGUGUUGGAGUUGGUCAUCGUUUGGAUGCAUUUUCCUCUGGAGUCCUGGUUCUGGGUCUUGGGAAAGGAAACAAUGCUCUGGAUAGUCUGUACCGAUCACAUGUCACAAGAGACUAUACACUUGAAGGGGAAUUUGGAAUGGCCACAAAUGAUUUCACUCACACUGGACGAGUUAUUGAGAAAAGCACAUACGGCCAUGUUACACAGGAGAAGCUUGAGAGAGUGUUAGCCAUGGUCCAGGGAGCCAAUCAGAAAGCUUUAAUCAUGUACUCCAGGGUGGACCUGCACUCUCAGGAGGCGUAUGAGCUGGCAGUGAAGGGGAUGCUGCGUCCACAAGAUAAAAGCCCUCCUAUUAUAACUGGAUUACGAUGUCUUAGUUUUAAACCUCCUUACUUUAAACUGGAGGUGCAGUGUGUGAAUGAGACUCAGUGGUAUCUGCGGAAAAUGCUGCAUGAGUUGGGUUUGGAACUGCGCACCACUGCAGUCUGCACCAAGGUGCGUCGCACAAGAGAUGGUCCAUUUAAUAUGGAGGACGCGCUACUCCACAACCGCUGGACUGCUGAUGACAUCAUACCAGCUGUCAAAUACUUUCGUCGCACUACUCGGAAAAUCAGGAAGAAUGACAGUUACAAACAAGCUGUCACCCAGCUAGAUUCCACCACAGAGGCUCAGGACCAAAGCAGGACUAACUCAUGUCAUUUAGAGGCUCAAGAGAAGGAUGGAUCAAACAAUAUUUCUGCUGAAAUGUCUGCUGACAGUAAGCAGUGGAGUUAAAGGAUUAAAAUGCAAGGCAAAAAAAUAUAUAGAUAAAUAUUUAGAAUUUAUCAAACAACUAUUUAUUGCUUUACCAAUCUACAAGUGAACCUGAAAUAAUUUGUCACCAUUUAGAAUGUUGUAAAAUUGAAUAUUAUGCAUAUGUACCAUGGACUGGAUCAUGGAAUUUUAACAAAUACUGUUGAGGUUACUGUAAGAUGUUCUUUUGUGUGCAUACUUUUUUUCUUCUUUUUUUCUUUUGUCAUUUAUGUCUUUAUUGUGUGAAAUGUAAUACAAUAUAUGAUAACAGCUUUGCAA